AUGGAGGAAUCAACGGCAGCAAACGCCGCUACUCUGAGGAUGGAGUUAAAGAAGACGAUGACGGAGAUACUCGACGACGGAGGCGUAAGCGAAGAUCGCGGCGAGACUGACGGAGCCUUGGUAGCAGUUGACGAGGCGGUUAGAAUCCUGAAUCGUCUGAGGGAAGUUGAAUCGAAGAUGCCGGACUCAGCAACUUCUUCGUCUUCUCCGGCUUCUGUGCUCGAAGUGCCAAAAGAGUUCAAGUGUAUGCUCUCGCGUGCGAUCAUGAGCGAACCUGUAGUCAUUGCUUCUGGCCAGACCUACGAAAAGAGAUACAUCCAACAGUGGCUGAUGUAUAAAGUGACAUGUCCCAAGACCAAAGAAGUCCUCUCUCACCGUUUGUGGGUACCCAACCAUGUGAUCGCUGAGUUGAUUACGGAAUGGUGUCAAGUCAACAAGUACGAUUUGCCAAAACCAUCUGAUGCACCCGUUGGACUAUUCCCUGAUGACAUUGACCUAUUGCUUGAGAGGAUCUCCUCCCCCUCCUCAGUUGAAGAUAAGACAGGAGCUGCAAACGAGCUGCGACGUCAGACCAAGAGAUUUGCCGAUGUCCCGGCCUUCUUUGUCGCUGAGAUCCCUGAAUCCAUCACACGGUUGCUCACUCCGCUCUCUGCUUUGGGCGAGGACAUUGACUCGAACCCGGGCCUUCAGAAGGAUAUCAUCACCGCAUUGCUCUACAUCUCGUGUCUUGAGGAGAACAAAACAGCAGUUGCUCAGCACCCUCUUGCGAUCCCACUGCUUACGAAGUCACUGAAGCAGGGGAUUGCCAAGACACGAAGAAACUCCGCAGAGGCGUUAUGGGAACUUUCGAAACUUGAUUCUAACAAGAUCCUCAUCGGGAACUCAGAGACACUGGAGGCUUUGGUUCAUGUUAUCAAAGAGGAUCAUUUCACUGCCGCCAUAGGUGCCGCUUAUGCUGUUUUCCAACUCUGUUGCCUACCGGAGAAGAGGGACAAAGUGGUUUCAGAAGGUUUGGUUCCCGCGCUGAUCAACAGGAUUAAAGAAAGAAGCUUUGUGUAUAUCUACUUUGCUCUCUUGUCGCUUAUGACUACACAAAAAGGGGUGAUUGAAGAAAUGGAGGAUCUAGGGUUUGUCGAUGAUAUGUGCAGUAUCUUGAGGAAUACGAGUUGCUCAGUGACUGAAGAGAACGGUGUAUCGAUCGUCCUCCUUCGCAUGUGCGGUCUGAGCACGGGUGACAGAGAUAGAGAGAGGACUAGGCUGAAACUGAUCAAAGAAGAGGAGGAUAAAUACUCGACAUUUACGAAGUUUGCAACGCAAGGAUCACAACGUACAGUGGCAGAAGCAGAAGCGGUUUUGCAGUGGAUCAAGAAGUCCGGACCGUCCGGUACAGGUGCCGAGCCAUAA